AUGUUUUUCAAGCAGAUCGAUCUGACCACCGCUCUGCGCCCUUCCCUGAUAUCUGGUGAAGAACUACUUUUCGUACAAGAUGGUGUGGGGCUUUACGAAGGGAAAUACAAGAUUCCUGACUGCCAGCAAGGUUAUGCGUAUCUCACCUCAUUACGUGUAUACUACGUCGACGAGAAGGAGCCUCGAAAGAAUUCAGUUGCUUUUGACCUUCGAGAGGUUGAGAAAACAGACUAUCAAGCAGGUUUUUUGAAAUCUUCCCCGAAAAUCACAUUCCAUCCGAAGCUCCCUAGAGAUGGCCAUCAGUCGGUGCGACUAGCUGAUGGCAGGAUUGCCGUCGAAGAGGGUUCUUCCUCAUUCCCCGGUUCCAGAGCAAACAGUCCCCGUCGUUACUCAAGCCUCUCGUCACCUCUACCACCUUCUAAUGCAACCUGGAUAUGCCCAAUUUGCUCUUUCUCCAACCCAGUGCCCUCGAAUUUCGAUCCCAGUAAUGCCAAUGCUUCCAUUCCUCUGCCACCAUGUCUGGCUUGUGGUAUCAAGCCACCGUUAGCAGUAGUACUAAAAGCUGCUGUUGCCGCGGCGUCAAAGAGAAUUCUACCCCAACACCCUGAUGAGGAAUUUUCCGGCAACGCGAAUUCUACGAUCGACGAUCCGGUGCAGACCGAGACUACCAUCACCUGCCCUCGGUGCACGUUUCACAAUCAUGUAUCACUUCCAGCGUGUGAGAUUUGUGGGGCUCCGCUGAGGAGCGAGCAACAGCAUUAUCCUAUGGCCAAUGGCGGUAGUAAACCGCGACGAGCAGAAUCACCCGGACCACAGUUGGCAGAGUUGAACCUUGAUGAUAACGCAGAACUCGCCAGCGUCAAGAUCUCGUUCCGUGCUGGUGGAGACAAGACCUUCUACGACAGGCUUAAAGGUGCUAUGACUCAGCGGAAAUGGCUUCUGCAAUCCGCACCAUCUAUACCGAGCCCGUUAUCGCCAUCGACGACAGGAGACCUUGACAAUGAGACGGGCUUGGCCCGCACACCCAUCACACGGCCUGCCUCUACUCCAGUAGGUAUCGCUGGGCUGGAGCGACGUGGUUUGGAAAUGCGCAAGAACAAUGAGGUUGUCAUAGGCACGGCGUUCGAGGAUCUCGAGGCACUGAUGGCCUCCGCAAAGGACAUCGUUGCACUGGCAGAAAAAUUUGCGAUUGAUUCGGGCCGGAACGCGGCCGAAACCAGCUCGGUUUUCUCCGAGUCCGCAGCUGCCUUAGGCAUGGUGACAACCAAAGACAAACUAAACUCGGGCUCAGAUAACCUAUAUCUCUCAGAACUUUCUCGCAACCUGGCUGAGUAUCUGACAGAUGAUCGUACAGGCGUCCUGCGUGCUGAGGGUGGAGUCAUGAGUCUUGUAGAUUUAUGGGCAGUCUUUAAUCGCAGCAGAAAUGGGGUGGAACUCGUAAGUCCGUUGGAUUUCCACAAAGCCGCUGAUCUGUGGGGAAGAUUGAACUUGCCUGUUCGCCUCCGACGAUUCAAGAGUGGAUUAUUGGUCGUGCAACGGUCGGACUGGAACGACGACAAGACCGUUCAGCAAUUCAAAACCUGGCUUGGACAGCUCCAGCAGAUAGCACCAGCUGAAGAAGUUCACUGGGAGUGGUCUCUAUUCGGGCGUGGCGUUAGUGCACAAGAGACUGCACAACGGUUUGGUUGGAGUGUAGGAGUUGCAAUUGAGGAGUUAGAGAUGGCCGAGGACAAGGGUGUACUUUGUCGCGAAGAGGGUAUAGAAGGUCUUAAAUUCUGGAGCAAUUUCUUAGUAGAAGUCGGCUCAGAUGCUGAAUGA